CUCCGGCUUCGAAGGCUGCUGCGACCCAAUCAGACUCGGUUCGUUUUCAGUUUUAGUUCCCGUGCAAGUCCCGAAGCGUUUGGUUGUGUCUCCGGAAAACACAUCACAUCCUCUGCUCUCGCAUCCAGCGAAAUUCGCGCGCGUAAUUCGGACUUUUGUGCUGCCCGGAAAGUAGGCAACGCGGAUUGUGCUGCCCCGGAAAACGGGGCAAAUGUGACAGUGUGCUCACCCAAAACGCGAAUGGUGCAAGAAGUCUUCACCACAAACUGCUGCUACUGCUGCCCCAUGUGUGUGUCGUGUCCUUAAAGCUUUAACAUUGCUCGAAACGUAGGAUUUUUAUGAAUGAACCGCUUGGGCGGCAGGCGUUACAGCAGGCAUCGGCUCUUGGUAAUUGUGUGUACUGAUUAAAAUUUGUGAUAAGGCGCUGAGGCUGAAGGAUAUAUGAGACUACAAGACAGAGCGUGUCCUGUCUACAAUUACCAAAAGGCUUUUGCUGGAAAUACCAUUUGAUACACGACGAAAGUCAAACGGUCGAAGCGUUUUAAUUGCCUCCGGCAAAAAGGACUUCCUGCUGCUGUCCGAAAGUGCGUGCAAUUCCAAGUCCGCCUUCCUAUUCCUCGAAGUGUGCGUGCGUGUUUGUGUGUGUUGAAGUGAAGUGUGCGCGUGUCGCAGACAGGCAAAGGACGCCAAACAAGCUAAAUCUCCUAGGCCAGACAAGCCUUUUUGACCCGUCGACAGCCUUCAAAGCGGCUUAACCCAUCAGCAAGCAGUGUGGUGUCUGGAGAGAAGCACUCGCAUACAUCAGUACAGGGACAGUGUUUGUGGGCAGGCUGCAAUUUGCCAGCAAAUGGAAACACAAUUAUGGGAAAUUCGAACCAAACUGCGUCAGAGUUCAUUAACAACAAAAACACAGUAAACACCAACAACAACUACAGCAACAAAAUGUAAAGGGCCCUAAGAGUGGACUUUAAAGAAGGGCCCGCUCAGCUUUUGCUUGGAAGUGGGCUAAGAAGUAGAAGGCAGCUCCAGGAAAACAAGAAUUCCAAUUGCAACAACUAUUCGGGGGACAAAAGCAAUAAAUUCAACAGAAAAACCUUCAACAAACCAAAACAAGCAAAAAAAAACUUCAACAAUAAGAAGAACGAACCGCCAGAAACCACAGAAAAAUACGCAACAUAAAUGAAGUUAACAAUCUGUCAAAUUGCUAAAUUAUUUCUGCUGUUGACAGCCUUCUUCUUUCUCAAUUCCCCCCAUAGUGCUGCCUCUUUAGCCAUCAGCUCCUCCUCGACCACUACCACUACCACCACCGACUCCUCCAUCAGUUCCUCCUCCUCCUCGUCUUAUACCACUUCCAGUUCCAUCUCGCAACCAGCCAACGCUUCGGUGUCCUCAUUGGGUGUCCUUGUCCUGCAAACGACCAAGAAAGCAAGUGAAUCUGGUGCAGCACCAACAGCUGUGGCUACGUGGACUUCCGCAACAGCAGCAGCAGCAGCUGAAACAGCAACAACACUUAGCAGCAAUUCAAUUUGGAAACCAGCAAUAGCCACAGAAGCAACAUCAUCCACAAGGAACCCACGUAAUGCGCGUGAAGCUGAACGUCAGAGACGUCAAAAUCAACAGGACACAGAGCAACAGCAGAAAGAGCAACAGAAGCGACAGCAACACCCAGAUAAGCGACAAGAAGAGCAGCAACAUUAUCAUCAGCACCAGCAGCGAAAGGUGCAACAAGAGGAGAAGAGACAGAUGCAACAGAACGUGCAACAGCAGAAGCAACAACGUCAAAGAAGACAGCAGAAAGAACACCAAAAAGCAAUCCCCAAGGCUCAACGGGUGGGCGUUUUAAUACCGCCAUCGUUGCACACUGAUAUGAUGCAUGUGCAACAGGGUUUCCACAAUUUUCUCGACUUUUUCCAACUGCACUUGUCUAAUGUCAGCGUCGAUUUUCUACGUGAUGUGGAUUUAAGUGGCUUCAUUAAAUUACUGGAGCUGCCGAAAUACACCAGCGUUGUAAAGACUUUAAAUGCGGGCAUUAAUGCAGACACCGACGUGGACCUGAACCAGAAUCUGAUCCCGAACCAAAAUGGAAACGGUGGGAAUAGCUCUGCAAAUGUGGACAUUGACCCAGCCAAAAGGCAGCAGCCACGUCAGCAGCAUCAGCAGGAGCCUCAGCAGCAUCAUCAGCAGGAGGCCAAAGUGAAUCAGUUGUCAGCAGGAGACUGGAAGGAGAGGAAUCAUUGGAACGAUGCCCGCAGCUUGGGUCACUGUCAUCAGCUGGCAGAACAACUGGCACACGAUUAUAAUAAGACCAUCGUGCUGUGGCCCUGUCCGCGAAUGAAAAUCUCAAGCAAUUUUCUGCCAUCAUUCGAGGCAAUUUCCCUGGCCGUGCAGAGCAUUGCCAGCAAACUGAAUUGGUCGCAGGUUGAUAUCUAUGUUGGCGACGACAAUUGGGGCCUAGGACUGGCCAUAGCGGCCAACUUGCAUGUACCAUAUCGCAUUGAAAUUGGCAGGACAGUACGUGACCUGCAUGGUCAGGAUAAGCCAGGCAAAGCAAUUAUUAUCACGGCCCCACUGAACGAUGACAGUACGCUCCGUUUGCUGGACAGCAUGGAAAAGGUAGUGGCGGAUGGGGAGGAGGCGGCUGAGGCAGCGCCUCCCACCAAACAGCACACGAAAAUACUUCUCAUCGAUAUGGUGGCCAGCUCAUUGAAUGUCGAGCAUCGGUUCUACAAAUAUCUGGCCCACCUUCGACGCCACCAUCCCCCGCCACUGCAUCAGGCCACUGGCGGGAACUCCAGCUCCGUUUCGGGGCUGGUAACCAGCAAUCUGUUGGUGCUGACGCUGCUGAGCGAUAAGCAUCGACACUUUCUGAAUGCCGCCGGUCUGAUGGCCACAAUGCAGAAUUUUCGGAUGCCACCACAGGGAGAGCAGACCAGCGAUGACGCUUCGACCGGUGGAACCACCACCGGUGGGUCCGGGGCCCAUCGCAAUGCCAGUGUGGAUGAACUUUACCCUUACAUAAAGCUCUUUCCCCUGUACGAUCUGAUUGUCACGCACAUUGCCGCGGCGGCGGCCCAAGCGAAUGCCAGUCGAACGGAAGCCAUUCCCAAAUAUGAUUUCAUAGUGCUGGACAUUGUGCGGGAUGCCAACGUUCAGAUGGUGUCCACCAGCUACAAAUGGCGGCCUCUGCUCAUCCUGGAGUGGAGUGACAGAAGGAGGAUGGCGAACGGUGCCGCGGAUGGGGGCAGCGAGGACUCUUACAUCACCCACUCUGUGCAACCGGGCUACGAUGAAUGGCUGCUGGUGAGCAGCGUCCAAUUGUGGCAUUGCGGUGCCAUCUGCUGGACCAUCGUGGCCAUCUGUGUGGGCCUUCUGAUGAUCAUUGUGGCAGGCAGUGUGGCCGCCGGAAUAGCCCUGAGAAACUAUUUCCUGCGACAGCGCCUCUCCAAGGGUCCCAAUAAGAUAGUCCUAUCCGCCAGUGACUUUGUCUUCCCAGUGGACUCACGAAGGGUGGAUGAAGGUAUUGAGGCCAUGCUCUGCUGUUGGCUGCAGCAGCUCCAGGAGUUCGGUGGUCCCGAGGUGGACAAGCCCGAUCUGCUGAAGGGCUCCAUUGGAUCGCUUAAGAAUCUGGGCUUUGUGAUACCCGGAGCAGCAGCCUCCACGGGUGGCGUGGGUAGUUCCACCACGACCACGGUGAAUGGAAAGCGAGGAUCAUCCGCCGCGGGCAGCCUGGCCAGGCACAAUCCCGCACACCUCGACAUGAGAGCGCGCUACAACGGGGAUCUGGUGCAGCUCAAGGAAAUCCACAUGAAUGGUUCCGCAGAGCUGCGUUCGAAGGCCAUGGAUCUGCUGGUGAUGGCUCAUGGACUGAGGCACGAGAAUAUCAAUCCGCUGAUUGGUUGGCUCUCUGAUCCGAACCGCACGGCAAUGGUGUUUGACUAUUGCUCUCGGGGAUCCCUGCAGGAUGUCCUCAUAAUGGAUGAGAUCAAGCUGGACUGGUCCUUCCGCCUCAGCCUGCUCACGGAUCUAGUCAGAGGCAUGCGCUACCUUCACACCUCUCCGCUGCGCGUGCAUGGAGCUCUCACCUCUCGUAAUUGUGUGGUGGAUGCCCGUUGGGUGCUAAAAAUCACCGACUAUGGACUCAAUUCCUUCUACGAGGCUCAGGGCCUGCCACUGAUGCCGCGCAGCGCCAAGGAGUUGCUCUGGACAGCCCCUGAGCUGCUGCGCCUCAUGAAGACCCAUCAGCAGCAGCACCUGCAUCACCACCAGCACCACGGACGCAUCCAGUUCGGCACGCAGCUCGGGGAUGUCUACUCCUUUGGCAUCAUCAUGCAGGAGGUGGUGGUGCGCGGAGAGCCCUACUGCAUGCUCUCCCUCUCGCCGGAGGAUAUUAUUGCAAAGAUUAAAAAGCCACCGCCACUGAUACGUCCCUCCGUUUCGAAGGGUGCUGCACCGCCGGAGGCCAUCAAUAUCAUGCGUCAGUGCUGGGCCGAGCAGCCAGAUAUGCGACCAGAUUUUAAUUCCGUUUAUGAACGCUUCAAGAUGCUAAAUCAUGGUCGAAAGGUGAACUUUGUGGAUACAAUGUUCCAAAUGCUGGAGAAGUACUCGAAUAAUCUGGAGGAGCUGAUACGAGAGCGCACCGAUCAAUUGGAUAUUGAAAGAAAGAAGACUGAACAGCUGCUGAAUCGCAUGUUGCCAAGUUCUGUGGCUGAGAAACUCAAAAUGGGCUUGGGCGUUGAUCCUGAAGAGUUCUCCGAUGUUACCAUAUACUUUAGCGAUAUUGUUGGUUUUACAACAAUUGCCGCACACUGCAGUCCCGUGCAGGUUGUGGACUUACUAAACGAUCUCUACACGAUCUUUGAUGCCACCAUCAAUGCGUAUAAUGUGUACAAGGUGGAGACCAUUGGCGAUGCCUAUAUGGUGGUGAGUGGCCUGCCCGUCAAGAUACCCGAUCAUGCUGAACAGAUAGCCACUAUGGCCUUGGAUCUGCUGCAUCAGAGCGGUCGCUUCAAUGUCAAGCAUCUGCCUGGUGUGCCGCUCCAGCUGCGCAUUGGUCUGCACACUGGGCCCUGCUGCGCCGGCGUGGUGGGUCUGACUAUGCCACGCUACUGUCUUUUUGGCGAUACAGUCAACACAGCCUCCAGAAUGGAGUCUACAGGUUCCUCCUGGCGCAUACACAUGUCACAGGAGACACGCGAUCGGCUGGAGGCGCGUGGUGGCUAUGCCAUAGAGCCUCGAGGACUCAUCGAUAUCAAAGGCAAGGGCAUGAUGAACACAUUCUGGCUUCUGGGCCGGAAGGGUUUUGAUAAGCCAUUGCCAGCACCACCGCCAAUUGGGGAGUCGCAUGGCUUGGAUGAAUCGCUUAUAAGGAACUCCAUCACGUUGAAAGCGCAGGCGAAUAAAUCCCGCACGAGCACGAAUCCUUCAUCAUCGCAGAGUUCCUCGCUGGCUGGGGAAUCUGUGGAGGUGAAAGUGGAGAUUACGCCGCCAGCCAAUUCGGAUAUGGCCUCCGUGGGACAUCUGCCCAACUCGUACUCGCUGGACUCCAAUUCCACCAAUACGAUCAGCCCGAAUGCCACACUCUGUCCGGAGUUUCCUGGCAAGGCGACGCCCAGCAGCACGAGUCCACAGUCCCGUAAGCUGUCCGAACUAACGCCGGACAAUUUAUUGAAUCCGAACAGCUUCAAUCGGCUGCCCAACUCCACAGGCGGCUCCAGCUCGCGGCUUUACAAGAAGAUCGAGGAGAUGAUGGACCUCAGCUCCCCCUACAACCACUACAAGUGUCUCAGUCCCAGCGAGAGCAAUCUGACCAAGUUCUACGAUGGCAAGUAUUUGUACGGCAAUGCGGGGGCCUGUCUCGGCGUAGGGGCAGGCGUGGCCAUUGGCCCGGGCAGCGGUGGUGGCGGCUCGAUGGGCGGCAGUACGGCGAAAUUUGAUAGCAAACCUGGCUCCAGUCGCCUGCUGCGUCGCCAGUUCAGUCUCGAUCGUGACGACCGGCAGGCGAAGGGAGAGCAACAGCAUCAGCACUCUCUGCAGGCCACCAACUACGCGGCCUUGGUGAGUGCCAGCAAGAGCUCGAUGUUGGACAUUCCCCUCAUCCAUGAGACGCAGUCGCGCAGCCCCAAGGGCACCCUGACGCGUGCCCACAAACAGAACUCGUCGUCGAUCACCCAGGAUCUGGAGAAGAUCGAGGAGAUUCCGCUGUCGCCCGCAUCGUCGCAGCAUCACAGCAGCCUAGACAGCAAUCUCAAUCGUAGUCCGCCCUCCACACUGGAGGCGCAGUCACCGCCGCUGCCGCCCCUGGCCCUGAGUCCGCCCCUCCUGUCGGCCCCCACAUCGCCGGCGCCAUCCCGCACCCUCAAUGGCAUCUAUGCCCAUAGUCCCACAAAUAACAACAACAAUGGUAGCCCCAAUACUGCCCCAGAGCUGACCUUGAAUGUGGAGCAACUCUUGAGCAGAUAGGGCACAAUCUAAGGCCCAAACAGCUGGCCAACAAACCAAGCUUUAGGCCCACAAGUAGGCCAAAAAAAUAAACCCGAUUAAUCGAAUGAAUCUGAGUGUGAAUACGAAAGAGAGAGUGUGAAUGUGAAUGAGUUUGUGGCGCGUGUUGUGAUGUGGAAAGCAAAGUACCUCGGAUGCAUGCAAAACUUGGUUGCAGCUGCGAAAUGAAAGUACAAUUUAGUUGAGGAUUAUUAAUACCCCCAUCACUGUCCAUUGUUCCAUAGAAUGAAUCCUACAAUAUACUCGUACUCUUCCUCAAUGAGUGUGCCAAAAUCUACACCAAAAUCUGAAUAUAAUCAAAUGCAUCUGAAACUUCUCCUGACUGUCUCUCGUAAUCAAAAUAAAACACACACAAAUAUAGUUAUUAUACAUAUGUCUGAUCUGAUCUGAACUUUCGGGCUGUUUCUUUGUUCCACUUGCAUGGGUUUUCAAUUACAAAAACUAAACAUAGAAUAUACAAUAAACAUACAGAUAUUAUAUACACACAUGAUGUUCCUUUUUCGAGAAUUAAAAAAUUGAAUUCAGUCACAGAAUAGUUAGUAUAUAGCGGACAUACUCCAUACAUUAUAUAGUAUAUAUGUAUGUACAUAUAUACGAUUAUCGUAUAAGUAUUGAGCGUACGUGAAUUUAGUUUUCUAAAGACAAUCGUUGUUACUUUUAAAAUGAAAUGAAAUAUAGAAAGUCUAAACUAAAUAGUAGAAUGGAUAAGAACCGAAAAGAAUCGUUUGUCGUCUCACUGUCUAAUGAUAUACAGAUAUAAUAAUAAUAUAACAUUAUAUAUAGUAUAUUUUGUAACCGCUCCUUAGUGUAAUCGGAUUGUAAACUACUCGUACUCUCAUCAUCCAGUGCAUGCGUGUGUAUAUCUAUCCCGCAUUGAGGAAAUCAACCUUAAAUAUCAGUUCUAAUACAACAUAGAUCUCUAGCUAAAACUCGAGUAAAACUAACCCAUACACAACCACACACAACUUUUAUAACUAACCCCCAAAAAAAGAUAGCAUAAAUAUAAUUAAGUGUAAAAUCCAUCUAAACUAUCAUAAUUAUUAUUUCCCCUGUUCCAUUUGGUUGCAUCUCAAAAAUAUUAUGCUCAAAUUUGUGACAAUUACGAUGUCAAUUAUACCGAAAAAGCACGAAACAUUAUAGCCAGCUGGAAAAUCAAAAGAGCCAUCAAAUAUACACACAACUCUGAAUUGGUAUCAUCAUUUUCCCAUGUGUCGUUCAUUUUGUGUUAAUUAAGACCACAAUUUUGCGGCUGUCAAUUUGUUUGUUCAGGUUUUCAUUUAUUUUAUGUGAAAUUUGAAUUUCAUUCACUUCUCUCUCACCUGAAUCAGCACACUGGC